AGUUCGCCGAAAUGGUCGGGGAAACGGUUGUCUUUCUCCGGUGCUGAAAAAUUUAACAGCAGAAAUUCAAUCAACAUUCACCUUUUGGAAUAGAAAAAAAAAGAAAAUUCAAUUAAGAUUUAAUACAAUCGUAGUGCAGUUUUGUGAAUUUUCUCAUUACUUUUUGUUCGGUUCUCUCGUUUGUGGGAAAAUUUUAAUCUGUGAAAGUUAAGAACAUUGUUUUAGAAUGAGAGAUGGGAUAAAAAUGGAGCCCCCGAGGAACGUGCCUUUCGAGUACAGCUAGUAUAAUUUCCAAAAUUCAUCAACUUCGUGAAUAAUUGUUUUAGCACCCCUUGAUUUCAUUUUUUUUUGGCACCCUCGACGUAAAAGUGAGGUCAUCGCGUACGAGAAAUAGAAUUGUUUUCUCUCGUAAUAAAUGUGCGUGAAGAAUCGUGAGAGGGAUAAAAAAAAAAAUGAAAACUUUUUUACACUCCGUUCUCCCGAUCGUCGUCGGACUUUCGAUCGUUCACUCGACCGCUCACGCCGCUCUGAAUCCAUCCGGAUCGAAAUGUGGUAAAAAACGAUGCUCAACCGUAGAAUACUGCAGCCCAUUCGACAGCCAGUGCAUCCCUUGCUCAAAUAUAUGCGAUCCAUCGGGACACAAUCAUCAACCAGAUCUGUGCGUCAAGGAUUGUCAGGAAUAUCUUCACGACCAGCGUUACGUACUCCGCGAAGACUUGGCGGGCGAUCCGAAUCUGAAAGCCGAAGUUCAACGCCUCAAGACUCUGGUAACGAUCACACUAACUCUCACCUGCAUUUCACUAGUCGGAUUGAUUUUUCUCCUCACUUGGAAGUUUUUGUGGAUAAAAAAAAUUCGAAAAAUGGUACAGGCCGGGUGGUUUAGAAAAAAAUGGAUCAAGAAAGCGACGAACAACAAUCGCGUACAAGACGACGCGGAGGUUGGCGGGGGUGGUCAGUCGAAUAACAAGCAAAAUGUGGGUUUGAAAUUAGCCAUGCCAACGAUAAGUGGUACGGUCGUCGCUCCGAGAAGCAACAACGGCGACGGAACGCCGAACACGACGAGUACCCCACUUUCGAGGAGACAUCCCAGCGAAGAUACCACUCUGGAUUACGCCUACGAUAAUCCAGCUAUGACUCCCAGUCCCGAAUCGCAACAACCGCGUACGAAACGCGAGAGUUCAUUUUAGUAAGAAUAUUUUGAAAUCCACGAAUGGGGUUCAAGUUCUUUUUCUUAUUCAUCAAUUUCUUCGCCAUCUGAAAAUUUGAAGCAUGAACUCGGUAUUUUUCGAGAACGCGCAGCAAUAUUUGUGAUAUAUGUCCUGGUACGAUGUUGAAAAUGGAUAUUUUUACGGUUUAUUAUAAUAUUUUUUAUAACGAAAGCGUCUGUAUGAUAAUUUUUUUUUAAUUUUUUUUCAAAUUUUUUUAUGAUCAUUGAACGUGUGUACAAAUAAUUAGUAAAAUUGAGGAGUAUGUGUAUAUGUAUAGAACACGAACGAGUGAGAUAUAAUUUUAGCCGAAAGUUUGAUAAGUUGAGAUAAAUUUUUUAAAGAAUUUCUACAAAGCUUAGUUGAAUUUAAAAUUUAAUAAUGUAGAUAUUUUAGAGAUAAUUAAUCGAUUAAUUAAUUUUAACGUGUGACUGCCCUGCAGUGCAUUAUACCGUGCGGCUGUGUGACUUAAAUCUUGAAUAAUAUAUUUACGACGCGUGAAUUAUAAGGGUUGAGAUAAUUGAUACUCUUUGAUACUCGCAUAUCGUCGUUGUCAUUAAUAUCGGUAUAAUUAUUAUUGAAUUAAUAUAGUUAUUGUGUUUACUAAAACAACAACAAGACUACAACUUAAAAAAAAAACAGUUUAUGUAGAACGUUGUUGCGUAUAGAAUAGAAAUUAACAUAUUUUGUACAUCGUUUCCCCUGCGAAUAUCGUAUAACCUUAUCAGCCAUUCCGUCCAUGAAAGGCCUUUUUAGCAUGCGCGUUUGAAAAUAAAAACGCGCAUUGCAUAGGACAAUUUUAUUUCCGCACGUCCACGAUAAUGAAUAUACAUAUCUUUUUAAAAUGGUCACUAAACGCUCUGCGUGCGUGCGCUACCUAAGAACAUGGUGUUGAAAAUUUCAUCUACUUUUUUUUCCCAGCCGUGAAAAAAAAUAUGCUCAAUAAUCGACAAAAAACGCUCAAUAUCAAUUUUUAUCCGUUCGAAUCCAACAAAUUGUAUUAGAAAUGCUCAACGAUAAUUGGACAUCGAUUUGCUCAAUAACUUCUACAAUAGUUUGUGACUCAGAAUCUCAACGGCCCUUGACGCCGCGGCUCGUAUUCCACUCUCAAAAGUUGAAGAUCCGUUUUUUUUCCAGUCCUAAAAAUUAUUUGUUUAAAUAAAUGAAAGGAUGAAAAAAAUUCGCGUGCUUUUCGUAAGUAUUUCUGAAGAGUUAGCUAAAACCUUGGUGCCUUUGAUGAGAUUAUCGUGGACGCGCUGUCCGAAAUUAUCCUUAGAGUACGUCAGCUAAAUUCACAGUAUUUAGGAAUUAUAGUAUUAAAAUAAGUUCGUAGCGUUAGAGCGAUCUUUGGUCCCAUUUUAUGGACCAACGUCUUCCAGAAUUGAAGAUAUUAAUGUGCCCCAGGCAGCUAUUAGGUUUAAGAAUUCAGCAAUACUUAUAAGUGACAUUCAAGUUACUAAUCGUCAGCGAUCUGUAUCGAAUAGUUUUGACUGAAGAUCAAUGUAAUAUAUCGAUAUAGUAUCUAUUAUUUAUAAAUCACUCACCUAAUCCGCAGCAAUAAUUUUAAAAAGCGCCUAGGUAAACUUCGAAGAUACGAUGAACGAAUGAACGUAAUAACUAAGUACCUAUAUAAAAUUCGUUGAUUGAGUCUAAUUUAAAUAGGAUAUAUUUGUUACUAACAUUUUUCGCGUGAAAAACAAGCAAUACACCGUAGAGCACAUAUCGUUGAGUUGAUUAUAAUAUAACGCUGAAGGCGAUUGUUAGAACUAAAUUUUAAGUAUUCCAAUUAAAAGCAACAAACAAUUUUAACUAAUAUCGUCUAUUUAGUGUGUAAUUUGAAGAAUUGUUUGACAAUCGUAUAAAUGACAAAAUUAUCGACUGUCCAAAAGGCUUUCCCGCAUAGUUUUGAAAUUUUUAAGUAUAGAUAAUUUUAAUCAUCAUUGUUACUUUUACUUUGCUAUCAUUAUUUUGUAAAGCGUAUUUCAUAGAUCUUAGAAUAUGACAAAAAAAUAGACCACAUCACAUCACGUUGUUAGUUAAAAAAAAAACAAUCAAGUUUUACUACAGUUAUAGUUUUACUUUAUUCUUCAUUCAUUUCUUUCUAGUAAAAUAAUAAUCACGUUGAUACUUGUUAGUUAAAUUAAGAUGUAUUGUAAAUUAUAGUAUAUUUAUCCGCUGUUUAGAGUUAUUAAUUUUUCUAAUUAUAUCGAUCGCAGUUACUAUAUAUCUAUACAUAAUAUAAUAUAGAAACGUUACACAUUAUUGCGUGGAAAUGGAUGAAUUUGUUUGAACAGUUUUAACUCAGUUGAAAGAUAA